CCAGUAGCCUCCAGUCCGCUCGAGCAACCGUCAGGCUCAUCGUUACAAGUCGUUAGGUCGAUAGGAGCUGCUCUUAUCUGCCCAGCUCGUCCAGUGAACGCGUUGGGCGUCAUGCGAUCUAACGCAGUCAGAGCCUGAGCCAGCUACCACACAUCUCCAGUCAACCUCUGCGUGUCUACCAGAGGAUGACAGACGUCUCCUCGAUCCAGGCGCAUGCUGAACCUCAGCCGGCACCGGCCGCCUUCUAUGGUGCCGGCCCUCCACCGCCAGCCUACUCGCACGGCUCACCGGGGUUAGACGGUACGGUCGAUGAAGACGAGUCGUCGACGAUCAAGUGCAUCUGUGGCUUCGCCGAAGAUGACGGUGACACUGUCCUGUGCGAGAAGUGCGACACAUGGCAGCACAUCGUCUGUUACUACGAGUCUGCCGCGCACGUUCCUGACGUGCACGAAUGCACUGACUGCAGUCCAAGGCUUGUCGACUCGAAAAGGGCCGCAGAUAAGCAACGCCAGCGAAAGGAACUGCUCAAUCUCACGGAUCGAAAAGGUCGACCGAAGACCACCUCCAAGAACCCCAAGAGACGCACGAAGGAUCCACUGGGUUCCGCACAGCCGAACGGCUGGCAGACAAACUCGAACAACGAUCUCCACUACAACCCUGAGCGUAAGAGCGGGAGUCCACGAGAUCUACCCCCACCAAACAAGCGACCGAAGACAAAUCACCGCCCCUCAGGCUCGAUUAGCGUCGUCAGUCAAGCGCCAGCGCUAGCUCCUGCCUCUCGCAAACGGAGCGGAUCUAUCGUUGUCAACGGUAACAGUCCUGUCAAGUCUCCCAACAUCGUCGAUGGCCCAAUUGAGGACUUCUCACUGGAGUUCAUGAAUCUGUACACAUCGCCUGAGCCCUCGUCGGCCGACAACAACUCCUACACAAGCCUGGGCAUUGCUAGCGACAUAGCUAUGUGGCUUCAGGACCCAGAUGCCCUGGCUGCGGCCAGUGGAGGCAAGAAACCGCAGGAUCUCUUCUCGCGCAUCGAGAACACCAUUCAGGAUCUUGAAUCUUCUACGGCACCCAUCAUCCUUAAGCAGACAGAAGUCGACUCGGGCAUCACAGCACACGGCCUCCACCCGCAAUGGCAGUUUAUCACUACAGACGGCCCAAUCGCCGACGGAGGCUACAUUGGUGAAUUGAAAGGCUUGGUCGGGCGGAGAGAAGAAUACUGUCAAGAUCCCGAGAAUCGAUGGAACCUGCUGCGUCAUCCAGAACCCUUUGUCUUCUUUCCACCACACCUGCCGAUUUACAUCGACACACGGCAAGAAGGCAACGUCCUACGCUACGCCAGACGCAGUUGCUCGCCCAACAUGACUAUGAAGAUCCUCGUUGAUGCCAGCAGCGACUAUCACUUCUGCUUCGUUGCAACACGACAGAUUGAGCCGACUGAAGAACUGACUGUUGGUUGGGACAUCGACUCCGAAGUUCAGAAACAGCUUGUCAAGGUUGUUACAAAUGGCGCGAAAGACGGCUUUAGAAGGAUACAACCUUGGGUAUCUUGCGUUCUUGCCAACUUCGGCGGAUGCGCGUGCGAUACCUCGAUUGGUCACGAAUGUCUCUUGGAGCGUGCCCGUCGCCCUAUCGCAGAGCCAGCACAGCCUACCAAGGCCAAGAACAAGAAGCCCAAGAAGUCGCAGGUAUCACCUCUCAGUACUGGUCGUGCGACCAACAGUCGUGCUGGCAGCGAGACACUACAUCGCGAUAACAAUGCCGAUGACAACAUGGACAGCCGCUCUACAUCCGGCUCCCACAAAUCAAGCAGCCGGGACAUCACGCCCGCUACCCACUUCUCGCUUGAUGGCGACGUUAAGAUGUCGGACCGGGAGAGGCGAAAGCUACAACAACAGGAAAGACUUUUCGAGCAGAUGGAGGACGAACAGCACAAGGGCAAGAGAGGGAAGCGCAACAGCGCUGGAUCUACCCUCAACACGCCCAGCAUUGCCACCUCAGUAAGACAUUAUUUCGACCCUUCUCUUUAUUCUGCUGACUUCAUGUUGCAGAAACGGCUUGGACAUUCAGACCCUUCACCUUCAGCACGCCACCGUGAGCACAGCCAUGGCGUGGCACGGAAGACAUCCGGUAGCUCGUCGAAGACUAAAGCUCGCAGCACGCCGAAACCGAAGCCUGUUUACGUCGAGGCAUCUACGCAAACGGAGGAUGAUGGUACCCUGGCCAACAUCCGAACAGAGAUGAAGCCUCCUGUGUCCUUCAAGCGCAAGCUUCUUCAGCAGGCGCAGGAAGACAAGUUACAACGUGAGCGGAUGCGCUCUGCGUCGAUAAAGAUGGAAGGCAGGUCUCCGGCGCUGAAGGACGUUUCCUCGACUAAGCCCUCGCCGUUGCCACCGUCUCCGCCAUUAGAGGACUCCCCGGCUAUUGAGAUCACGCUGGACCCUGCGUCGGUGCCACGACCGAAGGAGCUGACACCAGCGAAGGAACCAUCUCCAGUUCCUACCACUGAUGUUGACAUGGCCGAUGCUGACGAGGCUGCGGCACCGAAGGUCGCCAAAUCAAAUGUCGAAGAAAUGCAUGAUGCUCCUGAGUCAGAAACUACUAAAGAAGUCGCACUAUCCUCCAUGAAUCCUCCUGCGCCACCAUGGCCUGCUACCGCAUCUGCUCGACAGUCCCCAACACCCAGUGCAGAUGGAUCUACAAAAUCUGUUGACUUGAAGUUGGACAUGCCAGCGAAACCUGAAUUGACCAAUCCUUUCCACAGGGAGUCGGCGUCAACCCCAGGUGUGACUGGGAUUUCAUCAGUGGAGUCUCCUGUGACGAUAGCUUCAUCGUUCUCUCCUGCGGUCCAAGAAGCUGUCAAUCCUACACCAGUGCGCAAGAAGCUUAGCCUUAGCGAAUUUGCAAGUCGACGUGCGAAGCUCGCCCAGACAACCAGCACGUCUGGCACGCCGCCUUUGGCAAUGCAAUCAAUCAGCUCACCAACUUUGUCGGCAGCCAGUCUUCCAACCGCUUCACCACCCAGCAAGACUGCCGAGCUGUCGCUGCCUGUCGUUACAGAGGAGCCGCAGCCCAUCCAAACCGUUGCCGCCGCCACGACCGCACCUACUCCGACAUGAGACAUGAUACCCCGGAUGCGUUCUUUCGAAUUCUCACUUCUUGGCCGCUCGAAGCCUGCCAUUUCUUCUUCCACUUUGGAAGUGUACACUAUAUAAUCGUGCAGGCGACACCCUUUUCUUCUAUCUUGCCCACUUCACGAUAUGUAACGUUCAUUCAGUCGCCGCGACGAGUUUGUCUUGGAGAAAAGAUGGCAAUCAAAAGAAAGGCGUUUUGUCACAGCUAGCUUUCU